AUGACGUCAGCAGUUUGCACGUACCAUUUGCAAGAAUUCACCUGCUGUUUUUGGAGAUACGAUUGCUGGCCCAAGGCUCCAUGCGAUGUGGACCCUGCCCCAAAAGAGACAAAGGCUUAUGCCUGGAUGGACAGCGAUGAUGAGGGCGCCGGGUCCGGCAGCGAAGGUGCUCACCCGAGCAACACUAGAUCUCGGUCGCAGUCACCCGAGGCUUCUGCGGUGUCUCCCGGCGAAGUGGAGACCUUACCGCAGAUGAUUCGCCUGGCAGAGGCUUUCGGCAAGCGAAAGGUUCAGGAGCUGGCAGAGCUACCAGCGGAGCUUGGCGCGGUUUGUGCCGCCGCCGCGCGUGUGAAGUACUAUGACCCGGGGCUAUUCACGGAGACUCUGGGACCAGCAAUGCGGAAGUGCCUCCAGGCCUUGGAUGUCCUCCGGGCGCUUUCGCAGCUCAACGCUGCCAAGGCGCUCUCGGCAGUGUUCACUGCAGCGAUCAAAGCUAUCGAGGCUUACGCGAAGAAGGCCGGGGGCACUGGCGGCUUGGACAAGGAGCAGAUCAAAUUCCUUCGGGAGCUCUUUGUGGCUGCAGGUCGGGAGGAGGAUGUGGCCUUCCUGUCAGAGCUCCGUGCUGCUGCUGGGGGUCCUCAGGGCUCCGUGAAGGAAGGGCUGAACAGCCAAGGGCUGCCGAUGCGCCCUGGCGCCCGCAUCUGCGAUUCCUUCGCAAAGAGCGGCACGUGUCGUCUGGCGGCCAACUGCCGUUUCGACCACCCCGAGGGCAUGAAGGUGACGUUCAACUCAGAGGGCUUCCCGAUGCGGCCUUGGGCUGCAACCUGCCCAUACUACAUGUCAAUGGGCACCUGCGACUUCAAGCGCAAUUGCAAGUGGCACCACCCUGACAAGCGCGAGCGGGGCAAGUAG